AUGGCGUGCACACAUGUCGAGUCACUUGGUCUCUCGCCCCCGACGCCCAACCAGUCAGUCUAUCGAGAGGACUGUACCCAGUGCUUCGACUCCAUCGACGAGGCCCAAGGUCUCGACGUCUGCCUCCAGUGCUUCAACGGAGGCUGUGCCGGCGAUCGACAGCACGCUGCCCUCCAUGCUGCCCUCCGCAGCCAUCCUCUCGUCCUGAAUAUCAAAAGGACGCGCAAGGCGGUCGUUAGAGACGAGCCGCCCCAGAAAAUCACAAAGCUUGCUAUCGCCGCCGAGAAAGAUGAAGACAAAUACGACCACGCCCUGUCAGUCAGGUGCCUCGAGUGCGAUACCCCCAUCGAUACGACCAACCCCAAGAUCGCUCCGGUCGUCGACGGCAUCAUGACAUCAAAUACCUUCUCGCGCAAGGAGGAGAUCAAGGCAUGGGAGCAGGAGCUGACAAGCUGCGAGCACAUCCUCCUCAUGCAGCAGGAAGAGCCACGGGAGAUCGCAGGUCAAGACCUGGGAGGCUGUGCUAAGUGCGAUCUCCAGGAGAACCUCUGGCUGUGUCUGCAGUGUGGUGCCCUGGGCUGCGGCAGGGCCCAGUUCGGUGGUGUGGGCGGCAACUCCCACGCGCUGGCGCACUCAAAGGAGACGGGUCACGGUGUCGCUGUAAAGCUCGGCUCCAUCAGUGCAGAGGGGACAGCAGAUGUAUACUGCUACACCUGCGAUGAUGAGCGGAUUGACGAGUCGCUGGCCGCCCACCUGGCGAAUUGGGGCAUCAACAUCGCGGAGAGGCAGAAGACAGAGAAAAGCUUGACAGAAAUGCAAAUCGAGCAGAACCUGAAGUGGGACUUCACCACGACACAGGAUGGCCAUGAGCUGGUGCCACUGUUUGGACCCGGCCUCACCGGCUUGAAGAACCUCGGCAACAGCUGCUAUCUUGCCAGCAUCCUGCAGUGCCUCUUUGACCUCCCAGCGUUCCGCAAGCGCUACUACGAGGUUUAUGACGACCUGCCCAUCGUGCAGGAGCCAGCUGAGGACCUCGAGACACAGCUUAGAAAGAUGGCUGAUGGUCUUCUCUCCGGACGAUACUCAAAACCGGACCCAGAUGCCUCUGCAUCGGGUCAAGACCCUGCUACGGCACACCAGCGGGGUUUGGCCCCAGCCAUGUUCAAGCACUUGAUCGGUCGCGGCCACCAGGAAUUUUCCACAAUGCGGCAACAAGAUGCAUUCGAGCUGUUCCAGCACCUCUUCAAGCUCAUCACCCGCUCGGAGCACCCCUCACCCACUGCUGACCCUACUCUUCCCUUCCGCUUUACUCUGGAACAGCGUUUACAAUGCCGUGGUUGCAAAAAAGUUCGAUAUUCUACCAAUGAGCAGGACAAUAUCAUGAUAAUCCUUCCUAUGGAGAAAGAGUCACAGAAGGAGGGAGAAGAGGGACCUGCUCCGUGGAAGCCUGUGACAUUCAAACAGUGUUUGGACGACUUUACGGCUGAGGAGCUAGUGGAGCUCACGUGCUCAUCUUGCGGCUCCAAGGAUGGCUACGCCAAGCGGACACUUUUCAAGACGUUCCCCGAGAUAUUCGCUGUCAAUGCUCGACGGAUGGCUAUCAUCAACUGGGUCGAGGUGAAGGUCGACGUGCCUAUCAUUGUUCCUGAUGAACCGUUCCUACUGGAUCAUUACCUGUCCCAAGGCCAGCAACCCGGUGAAGAGCUCCUGCCUGAGGAGGCUGCAUCUGCAACUCCAGCAUUUGUGCCUAACGAAGCCGCUCUUGCUAUGCUGGAGGCUAUGGGAUUCCCUCGUGUGCGCUGUGAGAAGGCGCUCCACGCCACUGGAAACAGUGAUGGAAACGCCGCUAUGGAAUGGCUGUUCCAGCACAUGGAAGACCCCGAUAUCGACGUUCCCCUUGACCUGACUGGCUCAACUGCGGGAAAUAGCGGUGCGGCAGCAAACCCCGAACAGAUUGAGAUGCUGGGCGCUAUGGGCUUUGGUGAGGCCCAAGCCCAGAAGGCUCUCAAGGAGACGAAUGGUGAUAUGGAGCGUGCUGUGGAGUGGCUCUUCAGUCAUCCAGAUGAUCCAGGUCUGGUGGGCGGCGAUGACGCUGACGGAGGUGCAGCACCCGUGACAGCUGCUGGCCCUGCUGGAAGCGCAACGCUGCCUGCACAGUUCCAACUACAGAGUAUCGUGUGCCACAAGGGCACAAGCAUUCAUGCUGGACACUACGUGGCCUUCGUCCGCAAGCAGCUGCCGGACAAGUCGGCCUGGGUCCUCUUCAACGAUGAGAAGGUUGUUGAGGCGGUGGAUAUCGAGGAAAUGCGCAAGUUCGCCUAUGUCUAUUUCUUCAAGCGUGUUUAGACAGGAGUAUGCUAGGUGUUUGGACCAAAAGUAUCAAGUUAGAUUCGAGAUGGCAAUGCGAGUUCGGCUGGAGUUGAAGACGGUCUAACAAGAUAGCCAAUUGCUUGAUUGAUGGGGCCGCUUGAGGCCAUCAAGAGACGCCUACUGCGAGCAAGAUAUCAGGAUGAGCAGUCCAAAAUAAAAGAUAAGAUUCAUGGU